AUGAGUCAGAGGUUGGGAGGAAGUCUGAGAAGGAAAGUCAGUGAGACAGAGACUCAACUCCUGGCUCUCCACGAAGCCAAGCUAGCCGCCAUCUCAGGUAAUGCCUUCAGCAGUGCUAAGGAGCUGAAGGCAGAGAUCAGAGCUGUCUACGGAGAAAGAGACAGGCUGGAGCUGCUAGUGAAGAGACUCCACAGCCUGAGUUUUGUUAACAGCCAGGAUUUGGCCAAGAUGAAGACACAACAACAACAGCUGAAACUGGAGCUGGAGGCCAGACAGGCCCAGCACGAAGUGACUCUGAAAGAGAAUGUUGUCAAGUACAUCGAGUUACUGGAAGACAGACUGCACAGUUGUGGCUGUCGCCCUCUGCAGCAUAUCUGGGAGGCUGAUCUAGAAGCCUGUCACCUCCUCCUCCGAGGCAUCCAGCUGCGUACCCCCUUCUGUGGUGGUGCGGACCCUGCCACAGUGGUACUACCCAACCCCCAACCAGCCACUAAACAAGAAGCAGAUCUGCAGGAAUGUGCCAUGUUGACGGCUCUGGGGGCGCUGGUGCCCCGAGGCCAACCUACAGAACUCAGAGUUCACCAAGCCUGGCCUGUCCUCCUAACCAUCUUUAUCUUCAGGACAAUGAAGAAAUUGGAAGAGUUUUUAUUCUGCAUGGAGGAUGUUCACCCAGAGGGGGACAGUGGCAGUGAAGCAGCAGGGCUUACAGCAGACCUGACUAUAGAGCUGACCGACCAGUGUGAGGAGAUCAGUGACAGGCUGCUGAUUCUGGAGGAUGACCUCCAGACAGCCAUACAGAACAAAGACCAGGAUCUCACACAGUCCCUGGAGCAGGAGGUGAGGGAGGUGAAGGCUACUCUACACACCAUGCUGACACAGCUUAAUGAUGAGGAGGCGGAGGAGGAGAAAGAUAAUGAGAUCAUGGAGGAGGAGGAAGAGGAGGAGGAAGACCAGUAUUUCAGUGACAGCUGGGAGAUUUGAUACGGGGGUCUCUGGGUUCUCCUGUGUUUUAUGACCACUCCAUCCCAGAGAGACCCUUUCUGGUGGCUGUCCUCUGACAAACCGCUGACCUCUAACCCAUGAACCUGCAAGACUCUGUGAGAGGUUGACAUCAGCAAUCAUUAAUUUACUGUAGCUCCAUCUCCUGUACAAUUAGAGAAAUUGGACAAUAUAUUAUGGGAAGACACUUUGAUACAAAUCUAGUCAUUUCUAAAUAUGUUUAAGAUAACUGCUAUGUCCAAGUUUGAUUUGGGAGAAAAACAUUGGAUUUAUAUAUAUAUAGCAGUAACAAUAUUUUGUUAAGUCUGUUAUCUGCCAAAUGUAUUUAUAUAUAUAUAUAUAUCUUCUAAAUAUUUUUGGACUGUUCUAGUUAGUUUAACCAGGCUGAAACACAGCAGUGCCUUUGGCAGAUAACAGACUUAACAAAAUAUUGUUACUGCUAGAAGACAUGGAUACGCUGGUUUCCUCUCAACAUUUUAUCGGAAUCAGAACAGACUGAACAGCUUUUAAUAGUAAUAAUGUUGAUGUAUAUGGGGUCACUCCAAUACGACCUCAGCUCCAUCUGUAAUAUGUGACAGUAGAGAAGAACAAAAUGGACCAACAGCAGAGAAUGACCAAAUUAACCAACAGGAGAGAAGAACCAAAUGGAGAGAUGGACCAACAAGAGAGAUGGACCAACAAGAGAGAUGGACCUAUAGGAGAGAUGGACCAAAUGGACCAACAGGAGAGAUGAACCAAAUGGACCAACAGGAGAGAUGAACCAAAUGGACCAACAGGAGAGAUGAACCAAAUGGACCAACAGGAGAAUCCCACAGUGUUUCUGUGUUUUCUGUUUUCUGCAACAGUCUUCUAAAAUAUGCUAAAUGCUAACCACAGUAGUGUGUGUGUGUGAUGCUAACCACAGUAGUGUGUGCGUGUGAUACUAAAUGCUAACCAAAGUAGUGUGUGUGUGUGAUGCUAAUUGUUUAUAACUCAUUAUGAUUGCCUUAUAGAAUUUUUAUUUUCAUUUUUACUCCCUUUUUAUUUGAAUGUCAUUAUUAUAAUCUUGUCUCAUCGCUGCUACUCCCCAACGGGCUCGGGAGAGGUGAAAGUCAAGUCAUGCGUCCUCCGAAAUAUGCGCGCUUAACCUGCCACCCGCUCGCUUAACCUGGAAACCAGCUGCACCAAUGUGUCGUAGGGAACACAGUUCAACUGAAGUCAGCCUACAGGCAUCUGGCCCUCCACAAGGAGUCACUGGAGUGCAAUGAGAAAAGUAAAGCCCCCCCGGCCAAACAUUUCCCUAACCGGUGCGUCACCCUAUGGGACUAUGGGAUCGAACCCCAGGCUGUAGUGACACUGCAACACUGUGAUGCAGUAUCUUAGACCGCUGCGCCACUCGGGAGCCCAGAAUUUAGUGUUUUAGUCGAUAUGACUUCUUCAGUGUAGUGCCACAGAGGAGAGGUGAAGCAAAUUGAUACUUUGUCUAUGUCUUAAGUUGAGGAACUGGGGAUGUGGUAAGAUCCAUAGAAAUAUCAUGAGUAGUUAGAGUUAAUGAGUGCAUAAUGGGUGGACUGGCGACCAUUACGAGUGUACCCAUAGGACCAAAGGAGGAAGUAGAAUAUCUUCUGUGAUUUGUUGAUUCAACUCAACUGACAUUUUAAUUGCAUGAGCCACAUCAGGUAACAUAAUUUGAAUGAACAUUCUACAUAUUCUACAUUACCAUGGAAAUGAUUGCAUCACAAUAGCAGGCAGCCAUGAGUUUCCCAGUCAAAUUGGUUCCAAGCCCUUAUCAUUCUGUUUCUAUGGUAGGAUCUCUAUCCCUUAGGAUGAAGGGUUUGGAGGAACAGCCCACACUAUAGUUAAAAUGUUGAUGAACACAGAAACGGUUUUAGUAACUGCUGUGUGUCCACAUUUGUCUUUAAAAAAACACUUUGUUGUUUAUUUGUUAUAUUUGUUGCUUUUGACAGGAAAUGUGUUGCUUUUGACUGGAAUUGUGUUGCUUUUGUAAUGAAGGAUUGUUCAGACACAACAUGUUUAUUUCACUGGGUACCACUUUGUGUGACUGUGCUCUCGGUAUUUAACCAUAAAGUCUUCGUCUGCAUCCAAAGUGGCAAUAUGCCAUA